ACCGAAAAAUAUAAGAGCAGUAGUUCCUUCUGGAAGUAGUGCAGAAAGAAGGAAAAACCAAAAACCCUUUACCUCUCAUACUUGAAUCAGAUCAAGAAAACGCCAUGGAUGAGCUAACCUCUGCCCUCAAUGCCCACAUGGACCAAAUGGCGGAUCUCGUUGAGAAAAUGUCUGCCGAGCUUCGCUCCGGACUCAAACCCGCCUACGACAAUUUCAUCGGCUUUUUCCACGCCAUUGACUGGACGGAACCUUGGUUGGUAGGGUUAAUUUCCUUCCAUGUUGUAUUGCUGCUACUAGCAGUCUUCUUGAGAAAGAACAUCAAUUCUCAGAUGUUCUUAUUCCUUCUUGCAUUAGGAGGAGUUUACUUUGCAGAGAAUCUUAACAAAAUAUUGGCUGCCAAUUGGAAAAGCUUUGCACGGCAGAAUUAUUUUGACGCACAUGGCCUCUUUCUUUCAGUGCUCUGGUCUGGACCUCUUUUGGUCAUUUCAAUCAUAAUCUUGGUGAAUACGCUAUUUUCCAUGUGCUACUUGAUCGUUAGGUGGAAAAAGGCCGAGCUUAGACACCGUGCAAGACUAGCUCGUAACAAGGAGGACUGAGACAACUCAUUUGAUAUUGUAUUUUAUGAUAGUUCACUCAUCUUUUCCAUAUUGUAAUUGCCUUUUUGGUUAUAACUAUCAGCAUAUUCUUCAAAGACAUGGAAAAAUGAAAAGAAUUGUAUUGAGUAGCUUAGUGUAUACUUUUACGGUAUGCUGAUAGCUUCAAUUGUGAGGGAAAAAGAUAUGUUUGGUCAACCAGAGAGCUUUUUGCUAAAGUUGUCAUCUGCUUGUAGUCUGAUUUUGAUUCAAUAGAUGAACUAUUAGACAAGGGGUAA